AUGUGGGAGACUAGUGAUCGUGGCGACGAUGGUGAUGGUGACCAUAUUUAUCUGCUACAUUACACAAUUUAUUUCUUGAUUCAGUCCCAGGAGCAGGCUGUAAACCGCACCAAAAACUUGGCUUGCCUUCUGGACUGUUCCAUGAACGACAUGAGCACCAUAGUUGACUAUCUACGAGAGGCCAGCCCCCAGCUAUUGACACAGACACAGUGGAAGCUGACCAGCUACUACUUCGACCCGCCAUUCGCCCCAGUUGUUGAUGGGAAAUUCCUUCUCAAGCAUCCCUCGGAGGUCAUGGCCGAAGGAAAGGUAAAAAAUACGUCACUUAUCGUUGGUGUGGUGAAGGAUGAAGGGACAUACUGGCUGCUUUACGGUUUCAGUCUUAUCUUUGGUAACCGGGAUCCGAACCCUGUCUCUCCCAGCCAGUACAGCACAGUGGUCGAGGCUCUCCUGAAGCCACUGGGAGAUAACUUCACCACUGAUUCCAUAAAACAUUUGACCAUGAACGAGUAUUACGAUUCCGUGCCUCCACAGACAAGGGGAGACUACCUGGACGCUGCCGAUGAUAUAUGCGGUGAUCUAUUAUUCAAGUGUGCAGUGGUCAACUUUGGACAGUUGUACAGCCGCAAGGUCAGAGGUCAAGUGUUUAUGUACUCCUACGAACACCGAGCCAGCACCAACACCUGGCCGCUGUGGGUCGGGGCUCCACACGGAUACGAACUGGAUGCGUUCUUUGGGCGGCCGUGGUCGGAGCCGGGGUCUAACUAUAGCGACAGUGAGCGCGCCUUGAGUGAUGACGUUAUGUACCGGAUAUCAAACUUCGCUAAAACUGGAGAUCCAAACCAAGGUCUUCCAACACCAGGCGUCAACUGGCCAGUGUAUACCACUGAAGACCAGCACUACUUGGUCAUGAAUGCAGGUCAGAUGCGCGUGGACCAGGGGUUGAGACACAGGGAGUGUGAGUUCUGGAGGACCCAGGUUCCGAUCUUCCAAGCAGCCAGCUAUCCCAGAAGCACUUGCGAGCCCAGCAGCAGUGGUCGCCUGCGCCCGUGGCAAGUGUUACUGCUUCUGUGUGUCGUUGCUGUUGGUUACCAGCGAUAUGGAAGAGGGGACUGUGAUGUGGAGACACAGUAG